AAUUACUUAAUCAACGUGUGGAAGUGAUUAGUGAUUUACUAGAGAUGCUGAAGGAUCACCUGAACAGCUCGCACGGAGAACACUUGGAAUGGAUCGUCAUCUGGUUGAUUGCUAUGGAAAUUCUGGUUGCUGUUAUCACAACGUCCUUAGAUGCAUAUCAUUUAUACUUUAAUCAAUAAAAAAGAAAAAUUGCCUUUUUUUUGUACAUGUUUCAACAGUUGUUCCAACAGUUGAAGGACCUUUUUGAGGAUAAAGAUAAAACUAAAGACCUACAACAGUGUGGAGAUUCAGUUUAUGCCCUGUUUGAAUCAGCACGAUUAGAUGUCUUGUCAAGAAAAGAAAAUUGUAACGAAAAGAUUAAUGCCUUGAUCGAUUACUGCAACGAGACGAUAUUACUAUACCCCUUCAAGGAUGUCCCAGAUCACUGGCGUCGUAUGCUUAUUGAUACAGGGCUAUUGAAAACUAUGGCUCAGCUCGAAAGAUGUAAAGAUGUCCAAUCUCUCAUUUGGGAUCUUGAUACCUGCUCUAUUGUCAGUGGAGCACCUGAACGAUACGAGAUUGUGACUGAUAUCCUUGAGCAGCUUCAAAGGCAUCAUUAUAAAGAUAACAAGGACGAUGACAUGAGUUUAGCUUCCAAGGAUGACGUAUGGAUGGAUAUAAAGUACCCUAUCAAGAGCAUGGCUCCACCAACAUUUGAAUGGUUUCUGGCACAUUGCAACCAAGACCUACCUGAACCGAUCGUGAUAAAGGGUCUGGUUAAUCACUGGCCAGCGAUUGAGCGGUGGAAAUCGACGAGAUACCUGCUCUCGGUAGCCUCCGCACGUGUAGUACCAGUCGAGAUCGGCAGUUCUUAUACGGACAGUGAAUGGAGACAAGAGAUGAUGCAAUUUUCUGAUUUCAUGAAAAAGUACAUUCUUACAGAAACAGACGGCAAGGUUGCUUAUUUGGCACAACAUGACCUAUUUUAUCAAAUUCCACAGCUUAAAAGAGACAUGAUCGUGCCUGACUACUGUUAUAUUGAACCUAAAUUAAAUGAAUUCUACACACAACGACCAAAGGAUGUGAUCAAGAAUGCAUGGUUUGGGCCCAAGGGAACGGUGUCUCCCUUGCAUCAUGAUCCUUAUCAUAAUCUACUUGUGCAAGUGGUUGGAUCUAAAUACCUCAGAUUGUACUCACCUGAUCAAACACAUUUGCUGUAUCCGCGCCAAGGCCUGAUGAGUAAUACAAGCAAGGUCGAUAUUGAUCAUGUUGAUCAUGAACAGUUUCCUUCCUUUAAAGAUGCUCAUUAUGUUGAAUGCAUAUUACGUGAAGGAGAAGUGUUGUAUAUUCCGGUAAGCUUGUUUCUUAAAAAAAGGGGGUUUAUUCAUCUUGUCUUUAAUGUAGCCAAAAUGGUGGCAUUAUGUGAAAUCAUUAGAGACUAGCUUUAAUGUUAGUUUAUGGUUUUAAAACACGUGAUGUGUAACAAAUUUAUU